AUUCACGCGGAUGUGUUUGAGCAAGAUCGUCCCGGACAGAGAGAGCUUCCUCCUGGCGCUGGAUUCCAGCCCCGGGCUCAAGGAUUGCAAGAUGAUCCACGCGCUGCUGGUGAGGAACCGGGUGGAAAUCUCCGACGCCAUCCGCGAGAAGCUGGUUGCUGCCUAUGGAUCGAGCCGGCCGGGGCGAGAUGGGCAGAGGGCGAUGGCGAAGAUCCACGAGAGAAUCCUUGGCUGGGAUAGGGAGAAGCGCGAGGAGGAGAGCUACGUCUUUAGCUUCUUCGACUUCCAGGACUAAGUCUCGGGUUCGAAUCGCCAGGCGCGGGGCCAGGGUUUAUGAAGAACCCUAAGGGUUUUUCCUCGCGAUGAAACGAGCGCGAUCGACUGCUGCUGGGCUGCUGGGGCGAUUUCUCCGGCAGUGCCAGCAGCAGCAGGGAUCGAGAGGGGUCUCGACUGGGCCAGAAAUUCUCUCUAGUCCACUGAUCUCGACUUUUCUUCCUGGAGUGAAGUAUGGCACCGCGAAUGUCCUGGCGGAGCAGUACAGGAUCCAGUCCCAGACCGCGGGAAGCAAGCUGGAUCAUCUGGGUGAUCGACUGGAGGCGUUUCUUCGAGCUCCAAGCAGCGAUGUGGUCUCCUGGACGAAAAUUCUGGCAGCUUGCAACGAGCACAGGGACUACAUUGGAGCUCUGGACCUCUUCGAUCGGAUGCGCGAGCAAGGCGUGGUGCCGGACAGGAUUUGCUUCGUGACGGUGCUCGACUCGGUGAUCGGGCUGGGAGAUAUCGCGCAGGGGAAGAGAAUCCACUCGAUGGUACUGGAUCGCGAGCUCGAGAGAGAUUCGAUGGUCGGGACCGCGGUGGUGAAGAUGUACGCCAGGAUCGGAAGCAUCCAGGACGCUUGCCGGGCGUUUGAUCGGAUCGACCAGCCGGGAGUGGCGGCAUGGACUGUUCUCGUUGGAGCUUACUGCCGGCUGGGGAGCUUCAACAGCGUGAUGCAAAUCCUGGAGAGGAUGGAGGCCGAGGGAGUGAAGCCCAACGAGGUGACGUUCAUCACCAUCCUGGAUACUUGCAAGAACCUCGCGCUGGAAGAUGGCAAGAAGAUCCAGGCGCUGGCGAGCGAGCAGCAGCAGCGCAGCCUGGACGCCAGCGCCAGGAUCGGCACUGCAGUGAUCGGGAUGUUCUCGCGGUUCUCGAGCAUGAUCCUGGCGAGGGAGGCGUUCGACAAGAUCUCGCAGAAGAGCGUCGCGGCUUACACGGCGAUGAUCGCCGGCUACGCGAACAACAAGCAGCCGAGGGAGGCGUUGGCGAUCUUCCAGGAGAUGAUCCGGAGGAGGGUGGCGGCGGACAAUCUCGUUCUCGCGGUGGCGAUCAGCGCCUGCGCGAGCAUCCCCGAUCUAGAGGAAGGGAAAGCUCUCCACUGCUCGGCGAUGGAUCUUGGCCUCCACCGCGACGACGUUGUGAGGACCGCGCUGGUGGACAUGUACUCGCGGUGUGGAUCCAUGGAGGACGCGAGCGCGGUGUUUGGCGAGAUCGAGAGGCCGGAUACAGUAGCGUGGUCGGCGAUGAUCGCCGCGCUGGGGCGGCACGGCGAUCCUCGCGGCGCGGUGGCGAUGGCGGCGAGGAUGCAGCAGGAUGGGUGGCGGCCCAGCGGCGCGACGAUGGUGGGCGUGCUGGCGGCGUGCGCGCACGCCGGGAUGAUCGAGGAGGCGGUGAAGUUCUUCGUGGAUAUGGCGGUGGAUCACGGGCUGGCGCGCGAGAGGGAGCACAUUGGCUGCCUGGCGGACGCGCUGGGGAGGAGAGGAGAGCUCGCGCUGGCGGAGGAGCUCAUCCGGGCGAUGGCAGCGGAGGAGUGGGACGAGAGGAUCUGGCACUCGCUGCUGGGGAAUUGCCGGAGCUACAACGACAUGGAGCGCGCGAAUCGCUGCGCGGACGUGAUCAUGCGGCUGGAUCCAAAGACUGAUCCUCUGGGCGGUGGCGGGAUGAUCACUGGCGGAAGAGCUCCCGCGAGGUGGGAGGAUGCCAAGCGAGUGAGGAAGCUCAUCGCGGCGAGGGCGAUCAAGAAGGAGCCCGGGAAGAGCAUGAUCAGCGUCAAGAACAACGUUCGUGGCUUCGUCGCGGGCGAUCGAUCGCAUCCUCACACCAAGGAAACGUAUGAGGAGGUCCACAGGCUCACCGAUCUGAUCAAGAAGGAGGGAUACAUCCCCGACACGAGGUAUGUUCUUCACGAUGUUCCGGAGGAUCAGAAGGAGAGAUUGCUGUGGUAUCACUCCGAGAGGCUGGCGAUCGCGUAUGGAUCGAUCACGACGCCGCCAGGGACGGCGCUGAGGAUCAUCAAGAACUUGCGAGUUUGCGGCGAUUGUCACACCGCGACGAAGCUCUUUGCGAAAGUGAUGCAACGGGAGAUCAUCGUGAGGGAUAACAGGAGGUUUCAUCACUUUGCGAAGGAUGGGACGUGUUCUUGCGGAGAUUAUUGGUAGCCUAAAGGUUAUAAGAUCUUUCUAUUUGAAACUCCCA